GUGUUGUCUGCAGGCAAAAAUGGCGGUGCGGAAGAAAGACGGCGGCCCGAAUGUAAAAUAUUUCGAAGCGUCUGACACCGUUUCGCAGUUUGAUAAUGUCCGCGUCUGGCUGGGAAAGAAUUAUAAAAAGUACAUCCAGGCCGAGCCCCCAACCAAUAAGUCUUUGUCCAGCCUGGUGGUCCAGCUUCUCCAGUUCCAGGAGGAGGUGUUCGGUCGACAUGUCAGCAAUCCUCCACUCACUAAGCUCCCUAUGAAGUGUUUUCUGGACUUCAAAGCAGGAGGGGCUCUCUGCCACAUCCUGGCUGCUGCCUACAAGUUCAAGAGUGACCAAGGAUGGCGCAGGUUUGACUUCCAGAAUCCUUCAAGGAUGGACCGGAAUGUUGAGAUGUUCAUGACCAUUGAGAAGUCCUUAGUGCAGAACAACUGCCUGAGCAGACCUGUCAUCUACCUGAGCUCUGAUAUUGAACCAAAACUGCUGGGAAAGCUGAAGGACAUCAUCAAAAGGCACCAGGGCUCCGUUACAGAAGAUAAGACCUCCAGCUCCCACGUUGUUGUACCCAUUCCCAACAGUUUGGAGGAAGAGGAGUGGGUGCGACCUGUGAUGAAGAGAGAUAAACAAGUUCUUCUCCACUGGGGCUAUUUUCCUGACAGUUACGAUACCUGGAUUGCAGCUAGUGAGAUUGAGGCCGGUGUGGAGGAUCCUCCAAGCUCAGAGAAGCCCAGGAAGGUUCAUGCCAAGUGGAUUUUAGACCUUGACCAGUACAACGAGUGGAUGAAUGAGGAGGACUAUGAAGUAGGAGAGGGCUGUCCAAAGAGAAAGAGGAUCUCAGCAAAGACACUGACCGAUGAGGUGAUCACGCCUGAUGAGCGUAGGGACAAGAAGCCUGGCAGCGCCAAGAAGAGGAAGCGCUCACCGUCGCCGUCGCCCACCCCUCCACCACAAGAGAGCAAGAAAAAGAACACCAAAAAAGGGCCCACGACCCCAUAUACAAAAUCUAAACGAGGCCAGAGGGAAGAGGAACAGGAAGACCUUACUAAGGAUGUGGAUGAAUCAUCACCGGUUCCAUCGACCGAAGAUGGCAAUCCAGCUAAGACAAAUAACACAAAGAAGGACUGUGACUCAACACCAGUCAAAGGAGGAACAGACAUGGAUGAACAAGAGGACGAGUCAAUGGAAACCACAGGAAAGGAGGAGGAGGAAGGCUCUCCGAGUGUGAAGGGUGAACCAGUGAAAACCACAGACCUCCAUGAGGACAAUGUUACUGAGCAAACCCAUCACAUUAUCAUACCGAGCUAUGCUGCCUGGUUCGACUACAACAGUGUUCAUGCUAUUGAGCGCAGAGCCCUGCCAGAGUUUUUCAAUGGGAAGAACAAAUCCAAAACCCCCGAGAUUUAUCUAGCAUACAGGAACUUCAUGAUUGACACCUACCGUCUGAACCCUCAGGAGUACCUGACCUCCACCGCCUGCCGCAGGAAUCUGGCAGGAGAUGUGUGUGCGAUCAUGAGGGUCCAUGCCUUCCUGGAGCAGUGGGGUCUCAUCAACUACCAGGUGGACUCUGAGAGCCGGCCAACACCCAUGGGCCCCCCGCCCACAUCUCACUUUCAUGUUCUAGCAGAUACUCCAUCCAGUUUGGUGCCCCUUCAACCCAAGACAUCCCAGGUAUAUAACACACACACACACACACACACACACACACACACACACACACACACACACACACACACACACACACACACACACACACACACACACUUUGGGCAAUUGAAUGUCUUUCUCUCAAUGCCUGUGUAUCUGCAGACUCCUGCUGCUCAGCAGAUGAUACCCUUCCCAGAUAAAGUGAAGGAGAAGCCAGCAGACCUACAAAACUUUGGUCUGCGCACUGAUAUGUACAGCAAGAAGACAGGCUCCACUAAGAGUAAGAGUGCAGCAAGCUCCAUGAGAGAAUGGACAGAACAAGAAACACUACUAUUACUUGAGGGAUUGGAGAUGUACAAGGACGACUGGAACAAGGUGUCAGAACACGUGGGCAGCCGUACACAGGAUGAAUGCAUCCUGCACUUCCUGCGACUACCCAUCGAAGACCCCUACCUGGAGGACAGCUCAUCAUCUUUGGGCCCACUGGCCUAUCAGCCAAUACCUUUCAGCCAAGCAGGAAACCCCGUCAUGAGCACCGUGGCAUUCCUCGCCUCUGUUGUCGACCCUCGCGUGGCCUCGGCUGCAGCCAAAUCGGCUCUGGAGGAGUUUUCUCGUAUGAAAGAGGAGGUUCCCGCAGCACUUGUUGAGGCCCAUGUACGGCGCGUGGAAGAGGCUGCGCGGGUCAGUGGCCGACAGGAUCCGUUGUAUGGCCUGGAGGGUAGCGGCAUCGCAGGCACGGGCCUGGAGGAAGGAGAGAGACCUGAUGAAAGCAGUGAUGAAAGUAAAAGCGACAGCCAAUCAAGUGAGGAUAAGAGGGAGACAAAGGACAGCAAAGAUGGAGCCACAGAGGAAGAGGUGAAACAAGGAGAAAAUGGGAAGAAGGAAGAAGAGAGAGGGAGAGAAGUUGAAGGAGAGAGGGAAACUGACAAAGCAGAAUCAGAAAUGGGCGACAGUGAGAAAGAGAAGGACGGAAAAGAGGGAACAGAGGAGGGGCAAAGAGAAGGAGAGAGCGAGGGAGAAAGGAAGGCUAAGGUGGAACGUGAUGUGGGAGAGGGGAACUUAGCAACCGCGGCUGCAUCCGCUCUAGCUGCUGCUGCUGUCAAAGCAAAGCACCUGGCUGCAGUGGAGGAGAGGAAAAUCAAGUCUUUGGUGGCACUGCUGGUGGAGACCCAAAUGAAGAAGCUGGAGAUUAAACUGCGACACUUUGAAGAACUCGAAACCAUCAUGGACAGAGAGCGGGAGGCAUUGGAGUACCAGCGGCAGCAGCUGCUGGCUGACCGUCAGUCUUUCCACAUGGAGCAGCUGAAAUAUGCCGAGAUGAGGGCUCGCCAGCAGCAUUUCCAGCAGAUUCAGCACCAGCAGCACAGCCAGGCCGGGGCUCCUCAUUCCAACCAGGCUGCUUCAGGCCCAUCGCCUCAAGGUCUCGCAGCAGGUCAGCAAGCCCCCGCCUCUACAGCGCCUCAGCCUGCACCCAGCCCGGCACCUCCAGCUUCUUCUGCCCCAGCUCCCGAGUCACAAACACCUUCAGGCACUCACACCUCACCGCCCCGCCCCCCAGGCCAGGCUCCGACAGGACACUCCGGCUCCAGCACGGCUCCCGCACUCCACGAGGCCAAUGCUCACCUUCCCGGGGAAACGUUCCACCCUUCAGCUCCAGUUCCUCCUCCGCAGUGAGUCUUUUCAAAAAUAACUGGCUGGGAAUCAGAAUGACUCUGACCACUUUGGAUCCCACCUUCAUCGGCUGAAAUGAAGUCAGAAACUGAAGGAAGAAAACGUGUUUAACUUUUUCAUUUUUUUUUUAACUAGGACAGCUAAUGUGAGAACAAAAAGGAAAGCAUCUAAAUCAAGCCAGCUUUAACAUUAUUGAUGAAAAAUGAGUCCCUUCAAAUUGAAUUUGAUCAAUAAAAUUGAAGAAUAUAGAUUUCGGUGCGUAAGCUGCAACAGCAGAGAUCUGGCAACCUAAGAGGUGGUCGUGAAGAUGAAAAGACUCAUCUUGUGUUUUCAGUGUUUUAAAAAUCGGUGCAUUUUUUAUUCUUAUUUUUUUACAUCACAGCUCGUGAUGCCUCAUAAGCUCUCCAGUUUGCUGUUUGUUGGUACUAACUAAAAUGUGAUAAAAUUUGCACUUUUAAUGUUUCCCUAGGUCUCAUUCAAAGACUUGAAGCAUUCAUGAACAUGAACAUUAGCACUUAUUGUCCUUUUGUUGUCUUAAAUACUUUAUCAUACUCAGCGUUACUGGGAAUGUUACUCUUUCUAUAUUCUUUGUGUUACGUGGACAGUGGUCAUUCUACAGGGUCUGACCUGAUGGUCGCAAGUUUUAAACUGUUUUACUCCAGAUAAAAGACAAAUCAGAGGCCCUUGACAAUUCCAUUGAAGCUACAGUGUGUAUGAUUUAGUGUCACUUAGUGGUGAGGUUGUAGAUUUUAUCAUGCCAUUGCCGAUCGUGAUUUGGUUUUGCCUUCACAUUUUCACUUAUAUGUCAACAAGGACUCUUGCUCCCAUGUGAUAAGCAAUGUUUAUGGUCCUCUAUUUCACAAAUGAGGGUUUUCAGAUUUGUUGUCUUGCAGUAGCAGCCAGUAGAUGGUGUAUAAGGGAGCAACCACUGAUUCUUCUUCUCUUUUUUCCAGUCUUCUGGCCGUACUGUAAAAUGCGAAGUAUGUCCCUUUUGGGCUACUGUAUCAACAUGGCGGCUUCCAUAAGGUGGCUGGCUCCCAUGUUGGCUCAAGAUUAUGAAAACAUGUUGCUUUGUUGCUGCAGGUGUUGACAUACUAAUGCACAGAUGGUUAUGUUAGCUAUGUUCCCUUUAUGCUAAUAGUCAGCCCCUUCAAAUUCAGUUGUUUUUUAACUUGAGGUUGCUACACCAUAUCCACUUAAUUUUGGUUUUGUGCCAGAUGCCCCUCCUGACAUAACUCUACAUUACAUGGAGAAUGGACUGGGGUGGUACUAACCACUGUGCCACCAUGCUGUCCCCUAAACACUCCUAAAUUAUACACACUGUGGCUUUCAGAACGUCUGGUUAGACUUUAAGAAAAUGUGCUGUGAACUGGAUUUUCUGUUGUCUUGUAAUAAUCUGAUACAAACUGCUCGAACAUCAGCACGAACAGAGCGUGAUGUUCCACAUAAGAGUGGUCAUCAUCCUGGAAUGGCCUCUUUGUAAUUAAUCUCCCUUUUUAAAAUAUCAGUGAGCAGCGUCAUCUUUUUCCAAACUGGAUCAACUCAAAGUGCUGCUGGUCUGUGAGGAAUGGACUGAAAGAGGGGACACCCCCCCCCCAAAAAAAGAAAAAAAAACAAAACUAAAGAGCUUUUGAGAAGUCAGAGACAACAGAUCUGCCCGUUCACAAUUAUAGUUACUCUUUUUUUUUUGUAAUCGUGUUUAUCCAAUUGAGAAACAAAUGCUGAAUUGUGUUUUUAAUACCUUCACUUUUUAUUCAUCGAUUUUUGUAUUUUUACUUUGUCUUUACCUCUGUCCUCCAGCUCUGUUGGAGCCGUUCCGUCCGGGAUGUGUGUGAGAGCGUGUAUACGUGAAUGCAUGCCAUCGAGAUCAGUAUCUUGUCCAAACUUUCAGUGCCAUUCUGUAAGGAUGAAGUAUUAUGACGACCUGUGUUCUGAUUUCAAUCCUCAAACCGCGUCAGUGUCCUGAGUUCUCAUCCAGUCAGAUGGAGCGUUACAACUGUGUCAGUAUUGCAGAGCUCACCAUGGAUGUGAGACAGACUUCUUUUAUCUGUAUUAUUACUACAUUGUGUGAACUUUGUGAUAUGAAAUGUGUCUGGUUUCUGUAUAGUUUUUUUUUUUUCUCCACUCAGCUGAAAAUAGCAAUUUCAUGAUAAAAAUGUAAGAACCAAUUCCCUCUGGCAAUAUCACACUGCUGAUAGUUACACCCACAGUUUGUACUGAACAGAAAAAAAAGUCCAGGUUUUGGGUUUUACUUAAAAAGUAAUGGGAGCGGAGGGAUAAAGAUGAGAAGAGGGGUCACUGUGUCGACUGGUUUAUUUUGUGUUUUAAGGCCUGAUUCUGUCAGAUACACACAAGCCACAAAUAAAAACAGAGCAGCACUUCGAC